GACGCCGGGGCAGCAGGCCGUGCUGGGGUAGAUGGUGGAGGAUGCCGCCGUGUGGUGCGCCGUCCACGGGCUCGUCGUCGGAGAUCGCGCCAACCAGAGAUCAGGAACGGUCCCUGCGGUUGGCCUGGUUCACGCUCCAUUCUCGCUGCUUCCAGCGCGUUUUCCGGCAUCGUUCUUCAAUCAAGCAUGCGAGCUGGCUCCUAUCUUCAAUGAGCUCGUGGAUCGUGUCAGCUUGGAUGGGGAGUUCUUGCAAGCUGCUUUGUCUAGAACAAAGCAGGUUGAUGAAUUUACUUCAAGGCUGCUAGAAAUUCAUGAUAAGAUGAUGUCUAUAAAUAAGAAAGAGGAUAUACACUUAGGAUUGCACCGGUCUGACUAUAUGCUGGAUUCCGAAACCAAUUCACUACUUCAAAUUGAGCUCAACACUAUCCCAUCAUCCUUUCCUGGCCUUGGCUCCCUUGUCUUUGAACUUCAAAGGUCAAUUUACUAUCCAUUCUAUGGCAGAAUUUUCAUGUUUUCUUUCAAACUUUCUCUUAUUUUUUCAAUUGUAGUAUGACCUCAUUAUGAAAUGUUUAAGGUUGUACAAAAUGAUAUUCCACCAGAAAGCAUGGAUGCCAUGCGCCCGGUGCAGCAGCACUUGCCAACACGGACAAGCAGUCCAGCCU